AAGGAAAAGAUACAGAUACUGCUCAUCAAAUUCUCGCGUCCGUCCUAAAAGCCCUGCCGCUUCUCUCUCUGAAACUCUUUCGUAUUCUCAGCCGCAAAAUCUAUCUUUUUUUUUUCUUGCUAUUUUUCAAUCUUUGCCUUCUCAGAUGCUAAGAGGGAUUUGCGAAGUCAGACAACCUACCGUAAAACCCUAGCAAUUUUAGCUGUUAGUUCUUCAGGUUUAAAUUUAGUUCUCGAUAUGGCGAGAUAUGAAGAAAAUUCAAGACUCAGAACCCUAGCUGACGCCGUCAGCGGCCCAUUUGAGUCGGACUUGGGGGUUGGUGGGAAUGGGGUUUUGCCCUCUGGCCCGGGCGUCAACGGCUUUAAUGUCAAAGAAGAGGGUGAUGGAGGUAGUGAUGGCGGCGGUGGUGCUGGCGGUGGCGAUGCCGGUGCCGGUGGGAUGGAGAGGAACUUGGGUGUCUCAGACGGGCCUGUGGUUGAUACGUUUGAUGAGGUGAAUGAGGAAGUGGAAGCAGCAAAAGUCCUUUCUGGUAAUGGGUUAUCUGCUGGACAGAAUGGAAUAAUUGAGGAAAUGGCCGUGGUUAAUGAAGAAGGGGAAGAUGGGGUUGGUGAGGACGAUAACGGUGAACAUGGGUUUUCUGUGGGUGAUCUGGUUUGGGGUAAAAUUAGGAGUCAUCCAUGGUGGCCUGGCCAAAUAUAUGAUCCUAAAGAUGCUUCAGAGAAUGCCCUUAAGCUUAAGCACAAGGGUCGUCUCCUUGUGGCUUAUUUUGGAGAUGGUUCUUUUGCCUGGUGCUCGCCCUCCCAAUUGAUUCCUUUUGCUGAGCAUUUUGAGGAAAUGUCAAAGCAGAGUACUUCAAAAAUCUUUGCCAUUGCAGUACAGGAAGCAGUGGAUGAAAUUGGUAGGCUUGUGGACAUGGAGAUGACGUGUAAAUGUGUGACUGAGGAAAACAGGAAAGGGCUAGACUCCCCACUGUCUAAGAAUGCCGGUAUUAGAGCGGAAGUCCAACUGCCUGAGGGAGACAUUGGUAAACUCUUAUCUUUUAGGUAUGAAUCUGCUGAGUUGUUGGCAACUGUGGCAAGUGCUGCAGAGACUAUUUCUUUUGCCAAUAUGCUUGAUCUUGCCAUUUUGAAAGGUUGGCUUUCUGCUUUCUUCCGUUCCAAAGGUGCUGGAUACUCAUUACCUGUUUAUCGUGAGGGGCAGUUAAUUGAAGGCCUCGAAGACAAGAAUAGGUUGCAUAAGAUUGGGUUGAUCAAAUCCACUGGAGUUCCCCUCAAGGGACCACUCGAGCAAGACUGGUCUUCAGCAGCAGUUUCUGGCUCUGACUCUGGUCUCUUGCCCUCUGGGGACAAGGUAUAUCACAGUAGGAAGGAGAAGAGUGUGGCUGAGCUCCUCGGAAAAGGUUUGGAUGUUAAGCUCAAGAAUAUGAAGAAGAAGAUAACUGUUGCUGACGGAACUGGUAAUCAAAGUGAUGGUAGUUGUGCUCCUUCAGCUGGGAGAAAGAGAGGUAGGAGUAAGACUGACAAGAUGUUGCAGUUGGGAGAGAGUUCUGGUGAAUGCAAAGUAGGUGAAACUGGUGGUGCUGAUCGUGAGGAUGCCCAAGGGUCUAAAGAUGCAGAAGGAAUCUCAUCUCCAAGGGAAAGGAAAAGAAGUAAGUACUUGUCUCCUCCCUACACAAAUGCUCAGAUCAAGGCUGUGAAAUUGAGUUUUAAGAAAGAGUUGGAAAAUGAAUCAGUGGAAAUUAGCGAAGUUGCCAAGACAGGCGAGCACGCUGGGGAAGUGCCAGAACAAUUAAGUUCUAAAAAAGACUCGGAGAAUGGAUCUGUGAGAGUAAGCAAAACUGCUGCUGGAAUGGGUGAGCGGAUGACCAAGGUUUCUGCUAUUCUUCUUGAUUCACCUCUUGUUCAUUGCAAUGGCCAAAUUGUGAAAGAAAAAACUGCCAAGAUAGUCAAUGGAACUGGACAGCUUGGCUCUUCCGUGGACAUAUAUCCUGCACGAAGCCAGCAAGAACAGGAGAUUACUGUGACUAUGGAUGCUGAUGUUACACCGAGUGCAGUGCUGGGUGGGGUUUUACAUGUAGCUGUUAGUCCCUUGCAUUCGUGGGAUGAAAGUUUGCUCGUUAUACUCAGGGGAUUCCUUUCUACAUUCAGGAACUCUAUCUCCACCAAUGGAGCAAAACAUCGUGGGAGGCAGAGAAAAUCAUCAAACCCUGCUGAGCAAGGGGGAGUGGAGAAUGGGGAUGCCAAGUCAACUGAGGCUAAGAAAAGGCGUUCAGGUAGUAAAAAGGCUAACUUAGAUAAUCUUGAUACUCGUAAACCAAAGAAGGCUGCCAAAAGUUCUGUUGUAAAAUUGAAUGAGAAGAAAGUUCAAGGAAAAGCUUCCCCUUUCCCUCCAACUCCUGUUGCUUCUGGUGAUGAUACUUCGUUUCCGUUUCUUGAUAAGCAAGUUGUUUCAGAGUCAGCAGCUGAUAAGGGUCAACCACUUGGUUUACAGAGUCAGCAGCUCAUGAUGAUUGCAACAAUGCUUGAAAAAUGUGACCGUAAAGUUUCGCCGGAAGAGGUGUCUGGCAUAGAUGGCGGGAUAAAGAAUCUUUAUGACAUAGUUAGGAAGAUAACUGAGGCUGCCUCAUAGGUAGGUUGGAACAUUGCCUUUACCCAUUUAGAUCUGAUUGGGCGAUUGCUUAUGUUUGUUUAUGGUGGUCCGUGAUGUAUGGAUUUAGAAGUUUUGAUGAUACAGGGAUUAAAAUGUUGCUAAAUAGGAUGUGGUCAUACUUUAUUGGUUUUGCCAUAACAUUUAAAUGGAUGCGUUCACGUCAUAUUUGCCAUUGUUAUAGUUGUUCACAAUUCGGAUGCGUUCAUGUCAUAUUUGCCAUUGUUAUCGUUCUUCACAAUUCUUUGGAUUAUGUUCACGCUUCCUCAUAAAAUUCUACCUUCACAUUCAGAACAAUCCCAAUAGUAGAAUGCUUCUUGCGGUGGAAACGCA